AUGGUGGUCAACAGCGAAGAUCACAUGGAGGACUGUAUGGACGAGCAAGAGCAGAUGCCAACGACAACGCUUGUGAUCCAAGAAAGAAUUUGUGAAGUUCUCGAUGAGAGGGGGAUAGAUUCGGAGGAUGAGUGGGAUCGGUACAUUGCGACUAUGGAGAAAGACGGAGAGGUUUUGGCGACAGUAUGUGACAUACUGAAUUCGAACACGUUGCAGGUGGUCAGUGCUGCAAGGGACCUCAAAGCAAGAGUCGUCGAAAGCGGAGAUUGCGCACAAGGAGAGCGCGAAGAAAAAAGAGCAAGUGAGUAUGGCAACGCCAAUGUUCAAAUGGCAUAUGACAUCGGAAGAGAUAAUGGGCGCUUACAGGCACCUCCGACACAGUGGACUGGAGCUGUCUUCGAGCCCAGAUGGAGGCCAUGUGUGGAGAACUACUUGGAGGGACCAAACGGACCACCAGGUCAGUGUUCGACAAUGGAUAUGAUUAACUGUUUCCAAUCUUUGUCUUGUGUCGAUCCUGGGGUAUACAAAGGGAAAGUGAAUGAGAACUUUAAAGAAUUCAUCCGAAGGUUCCGUAGGAAGUACCAAAGGGUGGUUGUGAGUGAUCAGACACUUAUUGAGAUAUUAGGUGAUGACCACCUAGGUGGCAGAGCAAAGUCAGUGUUCCUUUCGUUACCGAUGGAAGUUAGAAAUAGAGGUUUUGAGGCGGUAGUGGAGGAGCUAGGAAAGCUGCUGGCAGAUGAUUGUGUAGCUGGUCGAAUGCGAGCCAUUGCUGAACUGCGCGAACUGAGAAUCCGCCCUCAGCAGGAAGUUGCUGAUUUCUGCGUAGCCUUGGAAAAGUUAGGAAGGAAAGCGAACCCAAGGGGUAGUAUUGAGGAUAAUUCGCUAGAGUACGCGCACAUCCUGUUGUCUAACUUGAAGCAAUGGCCAGAACAUGUCCAGUUAUUGAGUGUACUGCAUAAGGCAAGACCAGAAAAAGCCUAUGAAGAAGUGAAGCAGUUGGCUCUGUCUAUUGAGCUAUCGAAGCGGAUUUACGGGGGAACCCAGGUAGAAAGGGAAGACCGACACCGCGAUUGGAAGACGAGAGCUCGGUCGUACAAAAGCAGCAAUCUGGAAGUAGGCGGAGGAAGGACCGCAACGACAGGAGUCAUCACAGAAGUUGCGAGAAAAGAAGUCGACGGGAGGGUAGAUCGAAUCUUUCCUGAAAAAGGUCACGCGCAUAGGUUUCUGGAACGAAGGUUGCCCUCCGAUAGUAAUAAGCCUCGGGAAAGGAAUAGCAAUGAUGGUAGAAAGUGCUUCAACUGUUCAAAGUUCGGGCACAUUGCGAAAGAGUGCACCCAAAGAACACAGGUAAAGCGAAUCAAGGAGUCACAAGUAGAGAAGGAACCUGCAAGCGAUGACAGGAUCUCGCUCAUCGUACAAAAAGCGAGGAGUAUGGGAGUUAGAUUAGCAGCUGAUCCGAGAACGACAACUGCAUUAGUGGGAAGACGAAUGUCAGGUUGGGCGAGGGUGUUGGAUACCCGCGUUCCUGCUCUGCUAGAUACUGGUUCAAUGAUAAGCAUAGUCCCCGUAGGAGUGUUAUCUCGAGCCAUGGACAGAGGCUUCGAUGUGGACAGCUUAGAGCUCAUAAGGAAGGGGAAGGAUCUACCAGUUUAUGAUGCUUCGAACAAUAAGAUGGAAUUCCUAGGCGCAGUUAGAAUGAGGGUUGAGUUGGAAGGAGGACGGAGUAGUGAAGUAGCUUUUUAUAUUGCGGAUAGUCGUGAAGAGGAAAUACUGCUUGGAACAAAUGCACUAGGCGAUUUGGGAGUUACCUUGACAAUUUCGCAGUCAAAAUCAGAUGCCAGUGAGGCCGAAGGUGUGAAGCCCAACACAGUGAAGGUAGCAAAGAGGAUAUAUAUCCCACCUCACGGAUCUAGGGUAGUGUCGGCUCACUGUGAUGUUGGAGAACAAAUGACGGAGGGUGUCCUUUGGCCAACUAGAAUAGGGUUGAGUUGUGGAGUUUUCAAAAUAAGGAAUCAGAAAGUUGAAAUACCAGUGGUAAAUCAUAGUGAGGAGCCUAUGAUUCUUGGACGAGGGGAGGAAAUUGGCCACUGGGGUACCGAGAAGUGGAAAGAAAAAUGGGAAGCCUUUAACCCAUGUGUGUUGGAGGAUACAGGGAAUAGGGCGGAUAGCCACGAACGUCGAGCGCUUUUAAUAGAGCAGCUCAGACAAAGCUCGAAUGCCAAGAGCUUAAGCGAGGAUAUUUUGGAGGUACUAGACGAAUUCCCAGAGGCUUUUUCCGUGUCAGAUACGGAACUCACGGGAACGGACAAGGUAGUGAUGGACAUAGACACAGGGGACAACAAGCCCAUCAAGAUGAAGACACGGCCUGUCCCAUUAGCA